AAACUCUAGGGUUUGAGCAAAUAGAAUUCUCUUUUGCUUUCGGAGGCGUCUUGAUUGUUUGCUUCUGAAGCUGCUCCAAGUACAUCGUCUGCAAUGGCGGUCGGGAAGAACAAGAGGAUAUCGAAGGGGAAGAAAGGAGGAAAGAAGAAAGCGGUUGAUCCUUUCUCUAAGAAGGACUGGUAUGAUAUCAAGGCUCCAUCGAUCUUCAGCACUAGAAAUGUUGGGAAAACCCUAGUUUCAAGAACGCAGGGGACCAAGAUUGCUUCCGAAGGACUUAAGCACCGAGUGUUUGAGGUUUCCCUUGCUGACCUUCAGACUGAUGAGGAUCAGUCCUACAGGAAGAUCAGACUCAGAGCUGAGGAUGUUCAAGGAAAGAAUGUCCUCACUAACUUUUGGGGAAUGAGUUUCACGACAGACAAGUUGAGGUCUUUGGUGCGUAAGUGGCAGACCUUGAUUGAGGCACAUGUUGAUGUGAAGACUACAGACAACUACACUUUGAGGAUGUUCUGCAUUGGAUUCACAAAGAGGCGACCAAACCAGGUUAAGCGAACCUGUUAUGCACAAACGAGCCAGAUCCGGCAGAUUCGCCGUAAGAUGAGUGAAAUUAUGGUAAAUCAGGCAACCUCAUGUGACUUGAAGGAGUUAGUACAGAAGUUCAUCCCUGAGAUGAUAGGGAAGGAAAUUGAGAAGGCCACCUGCGGCAUUUACCCUUUACAGAAUGUCUUUAUUCGAAAGGUUAAGAUUUUGAAAGCUCCCAAGUUUGAUCUUGGCAAGUUGAUGGAGGUUCAUGGGGAUUAUUCAGAGGAUGUUGGCGUGAAGGUGGACAGGCCGGCAGAGGAACCAAUGGCCGAGGAAACUGAAGUAGUUGGAGCUUAAAUGGAGGUUCAGCAUAUUUUAUUUUUCUUUUCUUUUAACCUGAUUUUGAAAGUUUUGUUAAUCCUUGUUGCUGAUGAGAAGCUUGACUGGGAAAGGAUUUUGGCCUUAGAUUGUGAAGGUCAAUUGUUUGACUUUAAGUAACAGGAACUUGGUUUUUGCCUCCUCUU